AUGAUUCCUGCAGAACAUCUCAGAAAACUGUCUCCCCUUGGGGAAGCUGGGACAUUAGAAGAAAAGAACUUUUAUGGAUUAGCAACUAGGAUGACAACAGGAGGAUAUGGCUUUCUACAGCCUGAAUCCAUGGAGGCAGUGGCCAGAAGGCAAGAGUUGGUGCAGAAGCAGAAUCUAGCCAGAAUGGAAAUGGAAAUGGGAACCAUUUUUCAGCAAAGAGAGACAGGAAAAGCUCAACAGAAAGGACUGAUGGGUUUGGGAUUGGCGACCCCAUUCCUGUACCAACAUGGAAUCCCAACAAACCCACUUGUGUUCCAAGGAAGGAGCAGGCUCUCUGAAGUGCAUCUUCCCAAUGAUGUCUAUAUCCACAGAAGCUCUCUAGAUGACCUACAUGGAAACACCAGGCUAAGGACAACUGGUCCCUACCCACUACACAGUUGCUGGCAAAAGGAGAAGGGUCGCCGGCUGGGGAGAAGACCGGGAAAUCAUAAAGCUUCAGCUUCUAAUGCCAGGAGCUCCAAAAACCAAGAGGAAAACAGAAAUCCAGACCAGACUCUUGAAACUUCAGCUGCAGAAAAAGAGGACAAGAAAGACUUUGACAUUGAACCACACCAUAAAUAUGAACCAAGUGAGAACAAUGGAGAGCCAGCCAUUACGCCAACAAAAAACUCAAAGGAACAUGAGCAUAGCUCCCCCAAACCCUGUGAAGAGCAUGGGUGGUCCACUGAAACAAGUGAUAGCAGUGGUGGAAAUGAGAAGGAUUCUUGUCAUUCUUCAAGAACCUCUGAUGAAAAAUAUCUUCUUCACUCUCCAGCCUCCCUCGAUCCCCUGCCACAUGGAUUUCCAGUCCUCAACAAUAGCUCAUUGCUCCCUCCAGGAAUAGGUGACCUAUUUUUAAAUGGGGAAGAUCUUUCUUCUGCUGAAGACAUUCGGAAAUGGGCCGUGGAUGAUGUGUUUGACUUCAUUACUGGGCUCCCAGGUUGUUCAGACUAUGCACAGAUUUUUAGAGACCAUGCCAUUGAUGGCGAAACCUUGCCCUUGCUCACGGAAGAGCAUCUUUUGGACACUAUGGGCUUAAAACUUGGACCGGUCCUAAAAAUUCGGGCUCAGACCCCCACUAUGAUGAUCAUAAACUCAGCUUCAGAGCCAGAAGGUACAUCAAAGGCUAUUCAGUCUAUCUGUGGCAAGAAUAAAGUAGCAGAAAGAUCCUACAAAGAACGUGACAAAAUUCUGAAAGGUAAAUCAGGUGCUGAAAUUCAGCAAUUCAAUUGCAGAAAUGAGAAUGGGGAAGAUGAUGAAAACUAUCUUGGGAAACAACGAGGUGGCUCAAUGGAUUGA